UCGUCAUCUAGAUGACCAUACUGAAAGUAAACAUUUUCACAUGAGGUGCUAUGUAGAGUAGUCGAGUUAUAUAAUGCUGCAAAGAACCAGUUUUUACUUCGUUAUACUAGAAUUGUAAGUAACAAUGCAUCCUGAAUUACUGCGGUCCCCGAGAAAUAUAUUGGUAUGUGAGAAAUCCAAUUUUAUGAAUGAAAAAUCCAAACACGACUUACACGUGCUCAAGCACUAUUUCAACUACAAGGUAUCUGUUUUCAUACCCGAGUGCGGAAUCCUUCCCUCGGAAGUGAACGACGCCAUCAAUGGUUUCACAAAAUAUUAUCUGGUUAAGGAUUUACCUGUGUAUGAGUUGUUGGAAGAAGAAUGUUUGGAGAAAACUGUAAAGAAAGGUCGUUUCUAUGCCCUGUCGCACAACAGGAGAAUCGACCAAGAUGACGUUGUUGCCAUCCUCCCAACUGGCCAGAUGAUUCUGUCUGUGAAUAAAGACAUGUAUGAACAAAUGGGUUUGGAGGGAAAAGCUUCACAGUACACCCACAAACAGCCCACGAGAUACGUGGUGACUGUAGACCUCACAGACAAAUCUAUGGUUCCGGGUUCGAAACGGUACAACCGAGUGUUGUGGGCACUUAAAGAAAAAGUUCCAGUUAAAAUGGACUUCUUGCUGGCCAGACACAGCACUGUGGCCGAUGAGGGUGGUAUGCUGCCUCCCCGCCUCUCCCAGUACCACUGCAGGGAGCUCCAGGCAUCCGUCAGCACCCAGAAGCUGAGCAGCCUGCCCUGUCCUGUCCUGCGUAGCUGUGACAUUCGGGGGGAGGGCUCCUGUGAGCCGCACCAGUUCCUGGAGUGGCUGGGGGCCGUCACCAUGAAAAUCGACUGCAACAAUGACGCGACCAGCUUCUUGUCAACAUACUCGUGUCCGGAACAAUACAACACCUUAAGCCAGGCCUUGCUGUGCUCCAUCACUGGCCUCUUGCUGCCCGAGGACAUUCAGUCGCUGCUAGAGAAGCUCCGGAGUUACUUUGAGCAGCCCAAGCUCACAUCCUGGCUGUCGUUGGUGGUGCACGGCUUCGCCGACAGCCCCGUGUCCUGGGGGAUGGCAGAGCACGGCUUCCACAAGGGCGGCGAGAAUUUCUACAGCUUCGUGGUCUUCGGGAACCAGGACUACUGGCUGCACAUGGGCACCGGGGCGAACGACAGUUGCCCUCCGUGACAAGUCUCGCUGGUCUGUCAAGUUCCCCGCGAUUAAGAGAGCAGCCAGGUGAGCAGAGGGCCUCUGGAAGCCACUCUUCUCCCAGGUUAUCGAGCUGAUGAAGCUGUCAGCCAGCUGUACUCAGAAGAAUGUUACAGAAAAAUCCAGUUCAGGUAGUGUAAUGUGUUUCCCAAUCUCUUCCUUUGGGAUCUGGGGGUCCUCAAGGACUGUGUUGGGAAACACUGGUGUACUGGACUAGAGAUGGUGCUCCUGUCCAGUACAGACAUAAAAACAGUGUAUAUUUACCUCCUCUUGAGGUCUGCAGCCGUACUGAGAGGCAACUCUUUCGUUUCAGUCCUUAUUAUGAGAGUUACUACCAUAUAACACAGAUUGCGGAAUAAUGUAAACCAGUGUAAAAACAUCUGUGCCGUAAUAUUGUUUCUAAAUGCACUGCGAGUGGAUGGACUGGUAUGACAACCUGGUCUUUUUCCAGUUGCAGGUUUUUCUGUUGCACAGUGAAUGUUUUCAAUAAAUGAAGAGAGAGAAUCA